AACAAACAUGACUUCCAAAGCACAUGCACUCUCACUGAAAAUCUUAGCAGAAUGUUCCACAACAAAAGCCCGAGCAUGUCAUAUGACACUUCCCCAUUCUAUUGUAGACACUCCUGUUUUUAUGCCUGUUGGUACACAAGGAACGUUAAAGGGUCUGUUACCUGAACAAUUGGAGGAGUUAGACUGUAAAAUCAUGUUAGGAAACACUUACCAUCUUGGUAAUAGACCUGGUCCAGAACUAUUAGAAAAAGCUGGAGGUCUUCAUAAAUUUAUGAAUUGGAACAGAUCUUUACUGACAGACAGUGGUGGAUUUCAAAUGGUGUCCUUACUAAAAUUAGCUGAGAUUACAGAAGAGGGAGUUAAAUUUCAAUCUCCUCAUGAUGGAUCUGAAAUGAUGCUCACUCCUGAAAAGUCCAUAGAAAUACAAAACUCUAUAGGAGCUGAUAUAAUUAUGCAACUUGAUGAUGUUGUUCAUAGUUCUACAACUGGAGAAAGACUAGAAGAGGCCAUGUGGAGGACAAUACGAUGGCUGGAUAGAUGUAUUAAAGCUCACAAAAGGCCACAUGAUCAAAGUAUUUUCCCAAUAGUUCAAGGUGGACUAGAUCCUGAACUUCGAAAGAAAUGUGCUUAUGAAUUAAUAAAAAGAGACGUAAAUGGUUAUGCUAUAGGAGGAUUGAGUGGUGGUGAGGAAAAGCAAGAUUUCUGGAGAAUGGUUUCACUGUCUACAGACAUUUUACCUGAUGAUAAACCAAGAUACUUGAUGGGAGUAGGAUUUGCUGUAGACCUGGUUGUUUGUGCAGCUCUAGGAUGUGACAUGUUUGAUUGUGUUUUUCCAACAAGGACAGCUAGAUUUGGAUCAGCCUUGGUACCAAGUGGUCAGUUGAAUCUGAAGUCGAAAAUCUUUUCAUCUGAUUUUCGUCCUAUUGAUGAUCAGUGUAAAUGUUCCACAUGUCAAAAUUACACAAGAGCAUAUCUUCACACUAUAGUCACCAAUGAAACUGUGGCGUGUCAUCUGUUGUCUGUACACAAUGUUGCAUAUCAGUUGAAUUUAAUGAAGUGUGUCCACGAUAGUAUAAAAGAAGACAAGUUUCCACAGUUUAUAAAGGCGUUCUUCGUCCAGCAGUUUCCAAACAAAGACUUUCCUCAGUGGGCUAUAGAUGCAUUAGAUUCUGUUAAUGUUAAACUAAAUGACAAGAAACCAGACAAUAGCAAAUCUUCAGUAGAUUUAAAGAAUAAAGUGACAGACUCUUCAAAUAUAGAAAAUUCUAAAAUAUCAUGAUGUUAAUAAAUUCAUUUGUAUUA